CCUCACAUUCAUUCAUUCAGUCAUUCACUUAUUCAUUCAUUCACUUAUUCAUUCAUUCAAUCGCAUUAACCUUCUUUUAUUCGACUUUCUUCUCUAUCAGCUCUCUAUUUCAUACCAUCUUCAUGACCAAACAGACGCUCAUCACAGCGAAGGUCUUUUUGGAAGAUGCAGUGCGCUUAAAAGAUCAGCCUGAGCAACUAGGACUAGUUGUAAAGACCUGGCACGACUUUGACUCAGGCGAUAGCGAUGAAGAGGACGAAGACUCGAUUGGACCUCUAAAUCUCCAGCAUGUGGUUGUCCAUUGGGCUGAUGGAUCUGCGCCGCAGAUCGUUCACGAAGAUGACCUUAUUGUAGAGGAUCGCUCAUUGAGUCAUGGAGAUGUUGUCAAACGCUCCCCGAAUGAUAUUAUUUCCGGCACGGUUAUUGACGUCAAAGUUGAGCUGGAACUGGAAAAGGUCUGCCCGCCCAUGACCCGAUUCACUGGAAUCGAUGCCAAGCACGUUGAUUUUGUUCAGCAAUUUGUUGUCAAUAAUCAUGUCAUUUAUGAUGGCUGGUUGGGAGUUAUCGAAGAGGUUAAUGAUGAGGUAACAGUGCUACUGGAUGACACCAGUGUAUGCGUGGUUAAGGAUUCAGAUGAUUUAGACCUUCGCGAUAAGAUUCACGAUCAGUCAUGCUUCUUUCCGGAUUCCCUUGCGCCUGGCCAUAGGGUCUAUGGAUCAUCAAAGGUGUUCAGGAAUGCCGAAUACUUGGUUGGGUCCUAUUCCAAUGAAAGGCAGGGAUAUGUAUUACGGACUGAGGUUGUCUCCAUCACUGUAAAUUGGUUGUCAUUUAAUCCAUUGGCACUAGAUCAAACCCCUGGUGUCGCUCCACCACCGCGAGUAUUAGAUGACUUUGAGAACAUCAUUGUGUACAAGAGUGCCGAGCAACACUGUACCUAUGAGCUGGAAGACCGCGUCAAGGUUGUUGAUCAAGAUGCAUUGAAGGCUUUACGCAUUAGUGAAUAUUGCCCAUAUCUUACCAGUAAACCAAUGCGGCUGCGCUGCCCUAAUCCUGCACACAACCAUGCUACCAAAUUUGCGACGGAAGAAAUGAAAGUUGUUGGAACAAAGACACGUGUGACGGUGCAGUGGCAGGAUCUUACGGUAUCUGAGGAUGUGAUAUCGACUUCCUUAGUGCCGUAUCUGAAUAUGGAUGAUCAAGAUGUUUGGCCAUCAGAUUACGUUUUGCUCAAGCCCGGCGAGGUGCUUAUGGAUCAGCCAGGAGGCGUCAAUUUUGACAAGAAAAAGUCAGAUAUGCUCGGUAUUGUUCAAUCCGUCAAUGCCAAGGAACGCACAACUCUUGUAAAAUGGUUCAGUGAGGAGCGCGAUCAAGGACUGGAACAAGAGGCGGAGGAGUAUUCAUUGUACGAGAUCAUGUCACACCCAGACCUUAAAUUCAGUAUGGGAGACUUAGUUGUCAUCAGUCGUGAACGGGAACAAUCACAGUCAUCCGAUAUCGCCCCUCGGGCGCCUAGCGUCGACAAUGUCGUCCAACUUGUGCGUCGUGGUCACGAAAUCUACCUUGAGCUUCUGGAUGAACAACGUCGGCGUUUCAAAUCAAAGACAUCUACUGGAGAAGCGGAUCCCAAGAACAUCGAACGGAAUGGGAAGAACCUUCUUGGUCGCUACGGAGUUGAAGGAGUGGAGGCCUUGGACAGAUAUUUGUCAGAAACUAACAAGAUGGCACAUAGAACUGCUUACUGGCUCGUCAAUCGAGGAGAUCAUUUGAAACCUCCCAUUCCUGAGGACGUCUUGGCAACCCUCUCAGACCAGGAGAGGGAUUUAGAGACCAUUCGUACUCGGUUGAACUGGGUAGGACAGAUUUGGAAGGUGUACCAGGAUCGUCCCUCUGCACUUGUUCGUUUCAUGGAUGGAACCUCUGAAGAAAUUCCUGUCGGAAGAAUUAUGGUCGUCGAGGACGAAGAUGAUGAAGACGCCGAUGACGAUGAUGAAGUGUUUGAAGAAUACGAUUUUGAUCGUGGUAUUGAGGAUACCUCUUCUGUAGAUAGCUGGGAAACAGAUUCCGAGCUGGAUGAUGAUGCAACGAGUGAAAAUGAAGCAAAUGAAGAGACCGGUGAAUCAGAUCAAAAGGAAGAUAAUCUUGCACAUCCUGAAUCAGAAGCUGUGCCAGAUACAGGUGACAAUUUAAUUGCGCUAGAUAAGUCUGAGGGCUCUGCACCAUCAGUUCAGGAGACAGAUGAACGAGACCCGUUGCUAGAGCCUGAAGAUAUUGGUACAAGCGAAGCUGCUGCUACAUCAUCGGAGCUUUCACGUCCAGAGCACCAAGACUGGAAGAGCUUCAUGAUUGUAGAACAUACCCCGGCUGACCAUCAUUUCUUGAGCGCUCAGCAGGAUAUUCCUCAUGGCGACAGAGCCUGGAUCAAAAGGAUAGCGAAGGAACAUGCAAUCCUAUCCUCGUCUCUUCCUGAUGGAAUUCGUGUCCGAGCAUUUGAGGACCGGAUGGAUUUAUUGAGGGUGUUAAUCCAGGGACCUGACCACACACCUUAUCGGAAUGCCUUGUUCCUUUUUGACUUUAAGCUUACAAGCCAAUUCCCAAGCCAGCCUCCCAUUGCAUUCUUUCAUUCGUGGACUGGUGGCGUAGGAAGGAUUAACCCCAACUUGUAUGAGGAUGGAAAUGUCUGUCUAAGUCUUUUGAACACAUGGCAUGGCAAAGACCAAACGGAAACAUGGACUCCAAGCUCAAGUAUUCUUCAGUUACUUAUAUCCUUGCAAGGACUUGUUCUUGUGUCUGAGCCCUACUAUAAUGAAGCCGGGUUUGAGAAGUUUCUCGGGACGGAGGAAGCAGCAAGGAACUCAGAACUGUACAAUGAAAAAGUUUAUCUCUUAUCACUCAAGACUAUCCAAACCAUCUUGAACAACCCUCCAGCACCUUUCCAAAGAGAGAUUCGACGCUUUUAUUUUACAAGAGGCAAGCUGGAGGAGACGGUGAUUGAAGGCCUAGAGUUAAUCGCUCGAUCGGAAGCCGCAACAGAAACAGAGGCCGAACGUGAUGAUGCCAAUGACUCCGAUAGCCCAUCCAAGCCUGGUCCCGUUCUCAAGCAUAUCAGCAAAGGAGCACUAAAGAUGCUCAAAAAGCAUAUUGACACUCUGAGCUUAUCUUUGGAAGAAUAAAAAAAUAUACGUGCACGUGCCUGGAAUAGGAACAAGGUGAAAACUUUGGACUAAACCGUGGGAUAAUUAAGGAAGAACAGAGGUUUUUCAAUGAGAAUCUGACUACUUUUUAGAGCACAAUUGAAUUGAGUGGUAUAAGCAAAUAUUUCUUCACUUUUUCACCUGGAUGGAGAAAUAAAGUUUGUCAUUCAUGAAGGUCUUUGAGAGCUAUGCGA